AUGCGCGGUAUGGAGUGGGGGCUCGUCGUGCUCGUCUUCGUGCUGCUGUGGGGCCUCGGCCCCUACACGCUUUACUAUGCGAACAUCAUGCUGCGCAUUCCGCCAUUCGUGGACGACGACGACUACGACGUGAUCACGCAGAUCGUCGUGAUGUCGGCGCUGCGGUCGUUCGACAAGGAUGGCAACAAAUUCCUAGAUGCGGAUGAGGUCAAGGCGAUUGUGCAGAAGAUCGAACCGGGGCUCGCGGACGACGAGAUCGACACGUUGAUCAGGAGAGCCGACACGGACGGCGACGGCCACAUCGACUACGAGGAGUUCUCGACGAUCUUGCUCAACCAGGACGCGGGCGACCACGAGCGAGUGCAAGUGACCAAGGUCAAGCGCAAGAUCGCUACGCACGCGAAGAAGGACGUCCGGCUGGGCGCGUCCGCGGACGAGAGCAAGGACUCGGCGCACUGA